AUGUCCAUGAAUUUCGUCGCAAUAAUUGAACAUCUUGCAUUUCUUCUCGUUUCCGUCACCUGUUUCGCGAUUUCUUUGUGUGGCCAACGUGUGCCGUCUACCAGAGAACGAAGUAGCCGACGUGGCCCGGAUGACUCCGCCUCCUCGUCCCAAAAGCAGACAUCUCAAGUGGAGACAGAGAAAGAGGCGGCGAAACGCAGUGAAUAUAGUCACAAAAGUCAGAGAAAUGAGACAAUGGACUCGAUCCGUAUCAUGCGUGGCAAGAAAAACCAGCGAAAGCAAAAAGAUCCGAAGGAGUUGAAGCCGGACCGGUCGGAUUCGCAGCACACCGAGAUUAUCAAUGUUCCGUUGGGCAAAGCGGCGAAAGACGCUCCCUCCCCGUCGAAAGAAGAAAAGGGUACAGAGAAUCGGGCACGUGUCCAGUUUGCUGAAAAACUGGUCAAAUCUUCCAAGACACCAACACAGAGCUCACCAGCUGCUCCACAGAAGCCCAAGGAGCCAGAAAUGUCAAAAAAAAUCGAAAAAAUCGAAGAAAUCGUUCAAAGACGCGUUCUCCAGGAAGAGUAA